AUGAUUUUUUUUUUAAGUAAAAAAUCUUCGUUUGGCUUUUUAUUAUGUGGAUUAUUCCUAUUGUUGAAUAAUAAUGUGUUUCAAAAAUGGUCAAAUAUCAGAAAUAAUAAAAAUAACGGAUUAAUAUUAACAAACAGAUGUAUGGCAGAAAGUUUUACAAAAGAAUUUUCAAAAAGUAUAUUAUCUAGAAUUAAUGCAUUAACAGAAUUAAAAAAUUAUAAGAGUUCUGUAUUAAAAUCUGAUAAUCAUGUUGAUAAUAAUAAAAAUGACUUAAUUAAAUGGUAUGUAUCAGGACUUUCUUAUUUACCUAGUGUUUCAACAGUUAUUCCAGGAAUUGGUGGAGAAGUAAGUGUUAGUGCUCAUUCAAAUAAAAUUCCCAAUGAUAAUCAUAAAUACGGUUUUAAAUGGGAAGAUCUUAUGAAAAAAUCUGAAGUUGGUAUACCAUCUUAUAUGGUAGAAUCUCUUAAAGAUGUAGGUCCUCAAGUAAUUAAUGGUAUAAUUGAUAAGUUAAGAUCCAAAAACAAUGAAAAUUUAGAUUAUUAUCCAUGUACACUUGCUGAAUUUACAGCACUUGGUGUAUUAUUUUCAUUGUUACCAUCACUUGAAGUAGAAUUAAAUGAAACCUCAGAAUAG